AUGUCUCCGACAACUUCAACAAGGUGGUGCCCGACGCCAGAGCAGUUGAUGAUCUUGGAGGAGAUGUACAAGGGUGGGAUGAGGACACCCAACGCCUCCCAGAUACAACAGAUCACAGCCCAUCUCUCUUAUUACGGAAAGAUCGAAGGCAAGAAUGUUUUCUACUGGUUUCAGAAUCACAAAGCCAGAGACAGACAAAAGCUCCGUAAGAAACAACAGCUCUCCAGGGCCCAAAUAACACCACCACCACCUCCGCCGCCGCCGCCACAACAACAACAACCUCCGGUAUUACCCUAUUAUAACUACGGAAAUACCCUUGUUCUUCAUCAACAAAAGAAUCUCCUAAUUGACUAUCUUAGGGCUCCACCCACUUCACUACUUUUCCAUCAACAUCCCUCCUACUUUAAUGGACCCGCCGCCGCCACCGCCUCACUUAACAACACCUUUCUUCCUCAGGGUACUACUACUUUAGGAAUGGAAAUUCCUAAAUCAAGGCAAAUCGUGAAGUCAUGUUGCAAGUGCAAAGUGAAUGAUGAUGAUGAUAAUGAUAUUGAUGAUGGUGAUGGUGAUGAUCAUGGUGAGAUGAGGUAUCUGGAUAUGACAAUGGGAGGAACGUACGGUGGAGAUCUGGUGGGCCCAAGUAUUUGCUGCAGCAAUAAUAAUAGACCUCCUCUAAAAACCCUAGAACUUUUCCCCAUCACUUCUACAGGUUUCAAGGAAGAUCGCGAUCCCAUUUCCACCAAAACAUUCAACCAAAUCUCACCAUCCACCUCCUCCUCUUCUUCUAACUAA